UACAGUUGGUUUUCCGAUUUUAUGUUUCUUUUUAUGGGGCGAUUCAUAUAAACGCGGUUUCUUCUGUGAUGAUGAAUCUUUGAUGCAUCCCUUCAAAGAGUCAACGGUUAAAAGUUGGAUGUUGUAUAUUAUUGGUCUGGUGCUGCCAAUUGGUGUGAUACUAAUCGUUGAAAUUAUUCAAUCGAAAAAUCAAGAGAAACUUACUAAUGGCAACUCAACAGCAAGGCGAUACGUUUUUAUGGACUAUGAAAUACCCGAUUGGAUGGUGGAAUGUUAUAAGAAAAUUGGAAUUUUUGGAUUUGGGGCUGCUGUCAGUCAAUUGACAACUGAUAUUGCAAAAUAUUCAAUUGGACGUUUGAGACCACAUUUCUUAGAUGUUUGUCAACCCAUUAUGCCAGAUGGCACUACUUGUGCUGAUCCCAAAAAUUUGGGUAAAUAUAUAAUGGAAUUCACCUGUGGCAAUCCAUACGCAACAAAACGCAUGUUAAAGGAAGUUAGACUAUCGUUCCCUAGUGGUCAUUCUAGUUUCACUUUCUAUACCAUGGUCUAUGUAGCGUUAUAUUUACAAUCACGUAUGACUUGGCGUGGUUCGAAAUUGUUGAGACAUUUCUUGCAAUUUGCUUUAAUCAUGAUUGCCUGGUAUACAGCCCUGACGCGCGUAUCCGAUUAUAAACAUCAUUGGUCCGAUGUGUUGGCCGGUUCAGCAAUUGGAUCCCUGGUGGCUGUUAUAGUGGCAAAUUAUGUUUCCGAUUUAUUUCCCAAGAAAUCUUCAAAAUCCUAUGUAUUACCUCGUUCCAUGCAAGACAUGCCACCACAAACAAUAACAGCAAAUGGUAAUUAAUUGAUACAAACAAAGUUAUUUAUUGUUAAUUAAAAAAAACACCAACGGAUAUAAAAAACAUUCUAUAUACAAAUAUAAAAGUAUUUUUUAAAAAUAAUUUUAUCACUAUAAGUAAAAGUAAAUUAGUUAUAAGUUAUAAAAGAAAAUUAUACUUAAAAGUAAUUUAAUUAAAAUAGUUUUACUUAAAACUAACUAGACUCGCAGACACAGUUCACAAAUUUAAAGUUAAUUAAACCAUUAUUAAAUUAUUUAACACAAUAUCAAAUUAAUUAAAAAAAAAAAAAACUGUAAAAUAAAAAAAAUGUUAAAUUUAUA